CCGAUGUUGCUCUACUUCAGUCUGCAAAUGGAGUCCAACGAGGAGGGGGAGAAUUGGAGGGAGGAGGAGGAUGGAGAGAAUGGAGAGAAGUGGAUGGAGGACCAGUGGGAGAAAUGGUACAGUAGUAUUUAUAUACUUUAGAGUUAAACCAGGGUCGUAUUCAUUAGGGCAAAAAUUAACAAAAUGUUUUUCAAUGGAUAACUAAAACAAGUGUUUUAUUAUUGGACUACUUCAGUUGGUUCAAUCCCUGUUUCAGUCCGUUUUCUUCUGUUUGGUGCCUAAUGAAUAUGACCCAGGCUGGGUUAUAGGCCUUUACCUGGGGUAAACAUACGCUGGGCAGUGUGCAUAUUCUUAUAGAAGAUCCCUCUGAAAUUGAUACUAACAGGGUACCAGCAGAAGCCAGAAUGUGAUACAGCCUUAUUUAGAUGCCUUAUUUAGAUUAUGUGUUACGGCGUGAAAUCUGUGAGAGAUUAUCAAAGAAACAGCACAUAAACCAGUGGCCUUUUGUUUACCGGACAAGCUUUAAUUUGCCAUAAAGGUCUAGACUUCUUGGCAGUGACGUACAGUAUGCUAAUGUAAGACAUAGAGACCACACUUUUUCCUGUCUCUCUCGGGCCUUCAUGCAAACCCCAAUGCAAGCCUUUUAUUAUAGGGUUUAGAGCUUUAUAAUAUCAGCACAGAUGGUUGUACACCUGCCACCUGCCAUCCGGAGUAUCAAGCAGUACCUCACUAAGGUGAAAGUGUGACUAAGUCGUUUGUCUGCAGAGAGCAACACGCCUGUGUUUACUCUCUCAUUGAUGUAUGUAAAACAGUGUCCUCAGCUCUCAUUGAUGUUGAGUGAUGACAUGGUUUGUUUUCUGUAGUGUGGUGUGACGCAAUGUGUGUUGUGUGUCUUCAGGCUGAUCCAUGACAUCAGCCUGGAGGAGUUUGAGGACGAGGACCUUUCUCAGGUCACAGAGAUCACUGAUGAGGCUGGAGCCAGCCUUAACUACGACGACCUUGACUCUCAGGUAAACUAAUAUACAUGUACUCACACCAGACCUGGGUUCAAAUACAGUUUGAAAGUGUCAAAUGGGCUCGGAUUGCAGUUUUGCGACUUUUCUAUUGGUCCAUUAAGCCAGGCAAGCUCAAUCAAGCACAAAUCAAGUAGUUGAAAUUAUUUCGAAUAGUAUAUGAACCCAGGUCUGGUACACACAGUGUGGUGCCAGCCUCAACUACAACAACCUGGAUGACCAAGUAAGCUCCUCUACACUAGUUUCCCUCAACUAACUCCUCCCUUCUCCCACAAUACUGACUUCACUAUGCUGCAGUCUAGUUUUCAUAAUAUUAAUAUUAAUAGUAGAAUGUUGAGAUAUUGAGAUAAAUGUUGCUUCCAUUGUAUGCUUGCUGUUAUUUUGGGGCUGUGACUAUGAGAUAGUAGCCACAGCAAAAGCAGAAGUAGAAUCCAGAGUUAGUAGUCCAAAGUCACUAAUCAGAUUAAUGACUGCAGGCGGGGAUUGUCCUGGUACACAUGUGGUCCAGAGCCAAGUAGACCUAACAUGCCACACAUCAUUAAAGCCUGGCCAUCAUGUCACUGGCCUCAGCCUUUAGCCCUGCAGAUAUUCUACUACACUAGCUAGUAGGGUGAACUGUAAUUUUAGUAUCAGUCACACCAUACAUUAGCUUAGGGGAAGGUUGUAGUAUUUGUAAGAUGCCAUUUAUGUACAGUAGGUCUGUGUAGGUCUUAAUAUUUUGUGGUUAAAGAAAUGAUUCAGUAUUAACAUUAUCUUUAGAUUUGACGUGUAAAGACGGUAAGGGUGUUACACAUUGCUGUUGUAUACUUCACAGAACAGUAGCCUGGCUUUGCCUGUGUUUGUUUUCAGGGAGGUUUAUCCUACUACAGUAUGAUUGUAUUAGAAUGGCAUUACAGUGAGCAUGAGCAGAGAAAGAGCCACAGGCUCAGGCUGCUGAUGUCAUUGCCAGGCCGUGAUUGACUGGCUCCGUCUCUGCUCUCUUCCUCUCCCCCUCCAUUCCUUUUCUCCUCACUGAAUCCUUUUCUCUCUCCACUCGCUCUUGUUCUCGCUUUCUCUGCCUCCCUCCCUCUGCUCUCCUCCUCACUGAAUCCUUCUUUCUCUCUCUCUCUCUCUCUCUCUCUCUCUCACUCUCUCUCUCUCUCUCUCUCUCUCUCUCUCUCUCUCUCCCCCCCCCCCCCCCCCCCCCCCCCUCCACCUCACUGAAUUAUUAUCUCUCUCUUUCGCUCUCUCUGCUGCAACGCUGCUGCCUGGCUCUUCCCAGGACCAUGUGACGUGGCCAGCCAGUAGCCAAGCGGGGAAAGCAGACGGGCGGGGGUUCAGGGAAGUGCAGGCGGAGAUGCUCCACUUGGACCUGAUCGAUGCUGAGGAGGAGAUCCAGGAGGAAGAGGAGCACUGGGGCCUGAUCCAUGGUUCCCACGACGACCACAGGCUCAACCAGGAAGAGAGAGGGGCCGUCGUUCUAACUCCUGUAAGACAGAAACAGCCCAAUGUGAUAGAAUUAGAAUCUGCGGAACAUCCGGUCACUAUGGAUACGUACAGGCCCAAGAGACCCACCACCCUAGCGCUAUUUCCACAGGUGCAGCCUCAGCCUCCUCAUCCUCCCAGGACUCAGGUGGGGACUGUUUAUUUCUACCCUCUGUGGUGACACGACAUCCUCAGAUCAUCUGUUUGGUUCAUAUAAUGUUGGAUUAGAUACAGAAUAGAAUGGAAUCUGAAUAGAGGCGUUAGAGGGGCUGCUGCUUAAUCUCCCCUGUGAUGACAGGCAGAUCACAUACUGUAUCAUAGAUCAUUAUGUUUGUUUGAAAUAUACGAUUCGAUAGGAAGGGAUCUGUGUAAAAGCUGUAUAGAAGCUGGUCGCUUACACCCAGCACCAAUUUACAGUACAGAUCCUGCUUAUUUUCUCCUCUGUGAUUACAGAUCAUCUGUUUGGUUUAAAUAAUUAAUGGGAGAUCAGAUAGAAUUGAAUCUGUAUAGAAUGGUGUCUGUAUCGAGGCAGCAUACCUUACCCAGGCACCAAUAUUAAUACAGAGAUCCUUUAAUGUAAUGUAAGCAAUAUGUCUACAGUGUGUCUUUGUUAAUGUCGUUAAAUGAAAAUAUUUUCAUGUCACAUUUGUAGCAACUGUAUACCAGAAAAUCUGAAUGCUGGGACUGUUGUGAUUCUCAAUCGAAGCAUUGUAACAGUAGAGGACAUUUUCAUUCAUGUGAUAAUGAAUGUGCUCUUUCUCCCUCGACAGAGCCCAUGUUUACGACUGUUUGUAGCAUGUUCUCCGUUUGCCUGCUGUCCUUGGUCUUUGCUGUCUGUAAAUAGCACGUCCUUCUGUGAGUCUGGUCAGCUUCCCCAUCAGCUGAAUGGCAUCAGACAGGGAAGGAAGGGUGUGCUCUGCUGACCAGGGAUAGCAAUGGAAAGGAUAGGUCAGAGUCCGUCAGUGUCAGUCCAAGGAUAGGGCAGUUUACAAUGACAAUCCUGUGUAGAAUGACUGAAGGGGUGAGGAUCUGUUCACUCAUCUUUCAUCCAUUGCAUCUCAUGUUGAUCUUUAUAAAAACAUCUUUGAUCUUUCCCUCAAAAUAGACCUCUUGCCAGAAUUAUAUUUUGUAGGCUAGUAUUUAUCGUGACUAAAAGGGUUUAAUAUUGCUUGGAUGCUUUGAUGUAGUCCAGUGAGCUUCAGACCUAUCUUCAUUGAAGAAGUGUACGACGAGGAGAGGGCUGUCAUUUCUCUGGAGGAGACUUGGAAUGAUCUUAGUAAUUGCCCACAAUGCUCAGCACGACCGAGUGCUGUACAGUCUCUAGUAGUAGAGUGCAGAUUGAAGUUUGAAUGUUUGAUGGUUUCAUAUUUUAACCUAAGCCAAUAGUAGGAUUAUUGUUAUGUAUGUCCAGUGUGUAUGUACUGUAUGUAUGAUAUAUGAACCCACCCAAAACAACCCCACCACUUUUCAGUUAUAAUCAGUUAUAACUAAUUAAAAUCAGGUAUAACUGUUUGAAACCAGUAAUAAUCAGUUAUGACCAGUUAUAAUCAGUUAUAACCAAAACAUUAACAUGCUAAAAAGAAAAUGUUUCAGAAAAUCUGUUUCACGAGGACAUCCAUGAAUGAUGAUCACAAUGUCUUUAUGACAGACUUCUGAGUGAUUAAAUUCAAAGAAGAUCAGGAAAAGCAGGAUAAGGUGCAUGGCAGAUGUAGGUUUUGAUAACAACCUGCUACACGACUGGUUCAUCCUUACCCUGUCUCAGGGUUCCUUCCCAUCAAAUAACCUAACAUCACAUCCACUUCAGACUCAGACCCCGUCCAUCUGGCACUCUAGGCAGACUAAAGCAAAUGCUAAAAGUAUUUGAAAGAUUUUCAAAGUAUUAUUUUGAACCCGGGUUUGGCCUGGAGAGGAUAGAGGGAGGCCCAGGAUGUUUUCCUCUCCAGGCGGUGUAAUUCCUCAUUCUGGCCCUGUCAGACCUGGUCACGUGACUAACGUCUCUGUGUAUGGCACCACGACACGGCCUGACCUCAGAGCCCUGCUGCUGCUCGUGAUGUCACGCUGUGUUGGGGAGGAUUAGGCUAACCAUGUUUUAUGUCUCACUCCUACUCUGUCUGAGUGGUAGCCUGGUACAAUGACAGAGACACUUGAUCCCGAAGGAGCUGAUCUCAAGGACUAGGGAAACAGGUAGUGAAAGCUUGAUUCAGAUAGCCUGGUCCCAGAUCUGUUUGUGCUGUAGCAAGGCAGCACAAUCCGAUCUGGGACCAGGCUAUCUGAAUGGUGGUGUUCACUGCCUAUUUUCACAGUCCUUGAGAUUACAUCCCCCUCCAGAUCAAGUGACUAUAGCAGGGCUCUCCAACCCUGUUUCUGUAAGUUUUCGCUCCAACCCUAGUCUAGCACCCCUGAUUCUAGUAAUAAUUAGCUGGUUGAUAAGCUGAAUCAGGUUAGUAACAACUGGGGUGGAGUGAAAACCAACAGGAGGCUAGCUCUCCAGGAACAGGGUUGUAGAGCCCUGCUCUACAGUAUACUACACCCUCUCAGGUUUAUAAUGUGAUCAAGGUGAACGAUUACUUAGAAACUUUAGCCCCUUUGUUUAGACUAAAAACCUGAUUUGUUUUGAUUGUGAACAACAUCUGCCAACCAUAUGUCACCAUGGCUGUUGCCGUCACUACGUGUCCCAACUGGUUACAUCACGCUGUUGUUGAGCCGUGUGUGUGUGCGUUUGCGUGCAUGCGUGUGUGUUUGAGUACAUACGUAAGCUGCAUUGGCCACACACACACGUACGUACGUAUGUGGCCAAUGCAGCUUAUACAGCACAAGACCGUUCAAUUAUCAUUACAGUCAUCACAGUUGUUUAUUUGGGCUGAACAUUUGAUAAGCCAUAGCCACUUCACUGAUCUGACAAUAGGGCUAUUAGACAUGAUGAUACUACUCUAAACUACACCGGUGCCAUGUUGCCUGAGACCUGAGGGGACCUGAAUCUCUCAGAGCAAUAUGACUGUAGCUCAGUGGGCUAACUUGGUUAUGGUGGUGUCAGAUUACACAGUGGAUGGUUAUCGGUUGCUGGGGUUGGUUACUGAGGACAUGAGGCCAAGGGGGGAGGGUGUAGUGUACCAAAGUUUGUAAAGCUACGUAAUGAUUUACCUUGCCUGAGACCUGAAGACUUCUACCAAAGGGAUAACAGCUACCAAAAGGAUAACACGGUCUUGAUAAUCAGUCAGUUCCAUGAAUUCCAAAAUGUAUUUUUUUCAUUUCAUGAAUAGAACUUGGAGCAUUUCAACAUCAAACCGUUCUAUCAACACAAACCCGACACACCAAAGAAACAUACACACACCUACACACAGUUUCUCCUCCACUUCUGGGCCACGGUAACCAUGGUAACAGAGCCAGUCCCAGUGCCCGGCAGAAGCUGCAUCACGACUGUGAGUCAGCAUCGUCACUGUGAAUGGUCUCUAUGACGGUGUGCUGCUGUGUAGUGUAACAGUCUUCAUCUCCUGAUUCCUCUUCCACGCAGCCGGAUCAGAUUGUGAUGGUGUGUGAGAUGAUGUCAUCAGGGCUUGGUGAGUCUCGCCCCAAGCCGGAGCCAUAUAUUUAGAUGGCUGUGGUCUCGUGUUACCGUACUCCAAAGCCUUGUUCAUCACUCGGCUGCAGGAAGCCUGGAACAGAGGCUAGGACUGGGUAGAUGUGAUUGACAGCUAAGACAAGUCAUUGAUCAUAGAACUGUUUGGCUAGAAAAGAGCUGUGGACUGACUGGGCUGGGCUGUGUAGUAAUAACAGAGAAUAGAGAACAGCCGUCUCCUUAGGCAGAACAACCACUCAUGCUUUUUAACAGCCACUCCUGUGUGUGUGUGUGUGUGUGAGUGUGUGUAAUGUUUAUCAAAUAAAAGUUCAAUCCAACUAUCUUUCUCUCCUCUCUCUUUCUGUCUCUCUAUCAUUCCAUCUUUCCCUCUCUCUCUGUCUGUAAUAUCAUUGUAGGACAAGGAUACAAUUAACAACAACUCAUUUGGAAAGAAGGACACAUGGAAGGAGAAUCUGUCAAACUCAAACUCCUCCUCCCCCCACAUAACAGGUGAGAAUGGGAUAUUGACUUGUUUAAACCAUAUACAGUUGAAGUCGGAAGUUUACAUACACCUUAGCCAAAUAUAUUUAAACUCAGUUUUUUCACAAUUCCUGACAUUUAAUCCUAGUAAAAAUGCCCUGUCUUAGGUCAGUUAGGAUCACCACUUUAUUUUAAGAAUGUGAAAUGUCAGAAUAAUAGUAGAGAGAAUUAUUUAUUUCAGCUUUUAUAUCUUUCAUCACAUUCCCAGUGGGUCAGAAGUUUACAUACACUCAAUUAGUAUUUGGUAGCAUUGCCUUUAACUUGUUUAACUUGGGUCAAACGUUUCGGGUAGCUGUCCACAAGCUUCCCAAAAUAAGUUGGGUGAAUUUUGGCCCAUUCCUCCUGACAGAGCUGGUGUAACUGAGUCAGAUGUGUAGUCCUCCUUGCUCGCACACACUUUUUCAGUUCUGCCCACACAUUUUCUAUAGAGUUGAGGUCAGGGCUUUGUGAUGGCCACUCCAAUACUGUCCUUAAGCCAUUUUGCCACAACUUUGGAAGUAUGCUUGGGGUCAUUGUCCAUUUGGAAGACCCAUUUGCGACCAAGCUUUAACUUCUUGACUGAUAUCUUGCUUCAAUAUAUCCACAUAAUCUUCCUUCCUCAUGAUGCCAUCUAUUUUGUGAAGUGCACCAGUCUGUCCUGCAGCAAAGCACCCCCACACCAAGAUGCUGCCACCCCCGUGCUUCACGGUUGGGAUAGUGUUCUUCGGCUUGCAAGUGCCCCCUUUUUCCUCCAAACAUAACGUUGGUCAUAAUGGCCAAACAGUUCUAUUUUGGUUUCAUCAGACCAGAGGACAUUUCUCCAAAAAGUACGAUCUUUGUCCCCAUGUGCAGUUGCAAACCAUAGUCUGUCUUUUUUAUGGCGGUUUUGGAGCAGUGGCUUCUUCCUUGCUGAGCGGCCUUUCAGGUUAUGUCGAUAUAGGACUCGUUUUACUGUGGAUAUAGAUACCUGUGUACCUGUUUCCUCCAGCAUCUUCACAAGGUCCUUUCCGGUUGUUCUGGGAUUGAUUUCCACUUUUCUCACCAAAGUACGUUCAUCUCUAGGAGACAGAACGCGUCUCCUUCCUGAGCGGUAUGACGGCUGCGUGGUCCCAUGGUGUUUAUACUUGCAUACUAUUGUUUGUACAGAUGAACGUGGUACCUUCAGGCGUUUGGAAAUUGCUCCCAAGGAUGAACCAGACUUGUGGAGGUCUACCAUUUUUUUUCUGAGGUCUUGGCUGAUUUCUUUUGAUUUUCCCAUGAUGUCAAGCAAAGAGGCACUGAGUUUGAAGGUAGGCCUUGAAAUACAUCCACAGGUACACCUCCAAUUGACUCAAAUUAUGUCAAUUAGCCUAUCAGAAGCUUCUAAAGCCAUGACAUCAUUUUCUGGAAUUUUCCAAGCUGUUUAAAGGCACAGUCAACUUAGCGUAUGUAAACUUCUGACCCACUGGAAUUGUGAUACAGUGAAUUAUAAGUGAAAUAAUCUGUCUGUAAACAAUUGUUGGAAAAAUUACGUGUCAUGCACAAAGUACAGUGAGGGAAAAAAGCAUUUGAUUCCCUGAUUAUUUUGUACGUUUUCCCACUGACAAAGAAAUGAUCAGUCUAUAAUUUUAAUGGUAGGUUUAUUUGAAUAGUGAGAGACAGAAUAACAACAACAAAAUCCAGAAAAACGCAUGUCAAAAAUGUUAUAAAUUGAUUAGCAUUUUAAUGAGGGAAAUAAGUAUUUGACCCCUCUGCAAAACAUGACUUAGUACUUGGUGGCAAAACCCUUGUUGGCAAUCACAGAGGUCAGACGUUUCUUGUAGCUGGCCACCAGGUUUGCACACAUCUCAGGAGGGAUUUUGUCCCACUCCUCUUUGCAGAUCUUCUCCAAGUCAUUAAGGUUUCAAGGCUGACGUUUGGCAACUCAAACCUUCAGCUCCCUCCACAGAUUUUCUAUGAGAUUAAGGUCUGGAGACUGGCUAGGCCACUCCAGGACCUUAAUGUGCUUCUUCUUGAGCCACUCCUUUGUUGCCUUGGCCGUGUGUUUUGGGUCAUUGUCAUGCUGGAAUACCCAUCCACGACCCAUUUUCAAUGCCCUGGCUGAGGGAAGGGGGUUCUCACCCAAGAUUGGGUGGCCCCAUCCAUCGUCCCUUUGAUGCGGUGAAGUUGUCCUGUCCCCUUAGCAGAAAAACACCCCCAAAGCAUAAUGUUUCCACCUCCAUGUUUGACGGUGGGGAUGGUGUUCUUGGGGUCAUAGGCAGCAUUCCUCCUCCUCCAAACACGGCGAGUUGAGUUGAUGCCAAAGUGCUCGAUUUUGGUCUCAUCUGACCACAACACUUUCACCCAGUUCUCCUCUGAAUCAUUCAGAUGUUCAUUGGCAAACUUCAGACGGGCAUGUAUAUGUGCUUUCUUGAGCAGGGGGACCUUGCGGGCGCUGCAGGAUUUCAGUCCUUCACGGCGUAGUGUGUUACCAAUUGUUUUCUUGGUGACUAUGGUCCCAGCUGCUUUGAGAUCAUUGACAAGAUCCUCCCAUGUAGUUCUGGGCUGAUUCCUCACCGUUCUCAUGAUCAUUGCAACUCCACAAGGUGAGAUCUUGCAUGGAGGCCCAGGCCGAGGGAGAUUGACAGUUAUUUUUUGUUUCUUCCAUUUGCGAAUAAUCGCACCAACUGUUGUCACCUUCUCACCAAGCUGCUUGGCGAUGGUCUUGUAGCCCAUUCCAGCCUUGUGUAGGUCGACAAUCUUGUCCCUGACAUCCUUGGAGAGCUCUUUGGUUUUGGCCACGGUGGAGAGUUUGGAAUCUGAUUGAUUGAUUGCUUCUGUGGACAGGUGUCUUUUAUACAGGUAACAAGCUGAGAUUAGGAGCACUCCCUUUAAGAGUGUGCUCCUAAUCUCAGCUCGUUACCUGUAUAAAAGACACCUGGGAGCCAGAAAUCUUUCUGAUUGAGAGGGGGUCAAAUACUUAUUUCCCUCAUUAAAAUGCAAAUCAAUUUAUAACAUUUUUGACAUGCGUUUUUCUGGAUUUUGUUGUUGUUAUUCUGUCUCUCACUGUUCAAAUAAACCUACCAUUAAAAUUAUAGACUGAUCAUUUCUUUGUCAGUGGGCAAAUGUACAAAAUCAGCAGGGGAUCAAAUACUUUUUUCCCUCACUGUAGAUGUCCUAACCGACUUGCCAAAACUAUAGUUUGUUAAGAAGAAAUGUGUGGAUUGGUUGAAAAACAAGUUUUAAUGACUCCAACCUAAGUGUAUGUAAACUUCCGACUUCAACUGUACAUGUAUACAGUACUUUCUUGUGAGUAAUACCAACAUUAACUUUAAACAAAGUAGCAAAGUUUAUGUUCGCAGAAGUGGAAGCAUUUAGGAAAUUAUACCUUUCAGUGGAUUGUUUCUAGACAUUUUUAUUUAAUUUGUGUCAAUGGGCACAAAGUAAUUGCACAUAUUGCUACCAAUGUCAAUGCUACAGUACAGUAUUUUAUUCAACUCCAAUCCGCUAAUCCCUUCAUAAGGUGAUUGGGCCUAGACCGUUACAUGAACACUCAGUCAUAAUCCUUAAAAUGUUCAAGAAAUAGAAAACAUUAAAAGCCCAACGUCUUCGGUGUUCUCAUACUUCAGUAUGAUACAUACGAUAAGAACAUGUUGGCCAGGAAACUCAACAAUGGCUACUGUUACUGUAGCUAUAUCCCUUAUAAUCCUUCACUCUGCAGUUUGUAGCCUAAUGAAUAAUCUUUUGUUUUUGCUUGUGUUGUUGUUUUGUUUGUUUGUCUGUGUUAAAGGCGAUCUGACACCCACUAAUAAGCAGGUGAACGAUGAGUGUAAAGUCCAGCAGCACAGCGAUGCCUCUGUGGCCAAACAACCCCAACAAAGAGGGACAGGACCAGAGAAGGCAGUCAAGGCAUACAGCAAGGACUACUCCACGUUCAUCUCACACGGAGCUACAGUAUCACGGGGCAGGCAGCGUGACGCAAAGCAGCGGGAUAAGAAGUCCUCCGCUGCUCCACACAACCAGACUACAGCAGCAAAGCCGAAAGCAGGCAGUAUGAGAGACAAAGCUGUGGAUGGGGACAGGGAUAGGGAUGGGAGCAGGGGGCGAGGAGGACAGGGGCAAGGGCGGGGGUGCUGCCGUGAGGAGGAGUGCCAGCCAGAAGCCACGGAGGAGAUCUACCUGACCCCGGUACACCAGAAAAACCCAGACACUGACCGUCCAGACUCUGACCGUCCGUUCCUGUCUCAGAGCAGCGAGGGCAAUCGCAUGUCAAUCAGCUCCGACGCGGAGGGACCCCCAGCGUACCCAAACACCGCCCUACCUGACCGAACAAACCCCUCCAUCAGCGAGGAGGACGAGGUCUACCUGCACCCCCCUGCACCUCCUCCACGUUCAUUCUCCAUCUCCUCAUGCUUUAGGCCAUCUGACAGUGAGGGAGGGGACCAGGACAGGGGGUUAUGGCACAAGGGCUCUAAGUCUAGCUCUAAGGGUGAGUCGGUGGGGUUGGGGGGGUUGGGGGCCCUGCGGACUGCACACGCAGGCCUCUCCUAUGACUCUGUUAAAUACACCCUAGUGGUGGACGAGCACGCCAAGUUAGAUCUGGUGAGCUUGAAGCAGUGCUACCGGAGCUACAGUGAUGAAAGCGACACAGAGACGGUGUAUGAGUCAGCCAACGAGGAGGAGGAAUAUGAGGUGGAUCGCAGCGAGCUGAAGAGAGAAAGGAAAGAGUCAUCACGUCUGUCGAGGGCUUCUUCGUCGUCAGAGGCAGGGGUUAGCGGGGGACCUCGAACACGCAAGUUCCGCAAUGUGUUUGUGAACAGACAUUUACACUCCUCUGGUGAGUUUUUUGUUACCGGCUGCUGCCAUCCUUUUUUAAAUGUAUAUUUUAUACCUUGAUUACACCAUGAAGUCUCUUUGGACGAAUUACCCUUUUUUUUCGAGGCAGACCUUGCUCAGGAUUAUGCUAUUACUCAAUUGUAUUGCAAAUUUCAUUGAAACCAUGUUUAUAUUUCUGAAGACAAAGAGCUGAACUUACUUUCUUACUUCAAAGGAAUUACAAAAGUUAGAACGCCCUAUUUAACAUGAUUUAAAGACACCAAAGUCAGCAGAGUUACUCCUGUAUAGUACUCUUGUUUUGACACUUUAUCUCAUUUUUAUCACAAUGACCUAAAGCUCCCCUACUGCCUCGUGUCCUCCAGGUGCGGAGUCCUUUGGCCUGUUCUCCUGUGCGUUAGAUGGAGUAGAGAAGGAGCAGAGCCACAGAGCUGUGUUC